CCCGCGCCGAGCGGUCGCUUCUCUCCCCGCUUCCCCUCAGCCGCCGCCUGCGCGCCCUCGAAGGGGCAGCAGGGGGAGCUCGCGAAGAGCCUUCCCGGCCGCGGCCGGGCUUCGACGCGACGGAACGCGGUUGCUGAGGCGACGACGGCCGGCGCUGCCCUCCCAGUCGCCCGCGCUAAGAUGGCGGCGAGCCCCCGUACUGCUCCCGCCCCUCUCCCUCGAGAGCUCUGCGUGGCCGAGGAGCGCAGCGGCCACUGCGCCGUGGUGGACGGGAACUGCCUUUAUGUGUGGGGGGGAUACGUGUCAAUUGAAGAAAAUGAAGUUUACCUUCCCAACGAUGAGCUCUGGAUCUAUGGAAUGGACAGUGGAUUAUGGUCAAUGCAUCUAAUGGAAGGGGAGUUACCUCCUUCCAUGUCUGGAAGCUGUGGAGCUUGCAUUGAUGGGAAGCUAUACCUCUUUGGUGGAUUUGACGACAAAGGAUACAGCAAUCGGCUCUAUUAUGUUAAUUUGCGAACAAGAAAUGGAACCUAUUUGUGGAAAAAAAUCACAGACUUUAAUGGUCAGCCUCCUACACCACGUGACAAACUUGCCUGCUGGGUGUAUAAAGACAGGCUCAUAUAUUUUGGAGGUUAUGGCUGUAGGAAACAAAACGAGCUGAGUGACUGUUUUGACGUCCAUGAUGCAUUUUGGGAAGGACAGAUCUUCUGGGGAUGGCACAAUGAUGUCCAUGUCUUUGACACAAGUAUACAAACUUGGUAUCAGCCAACAAUUAAACACGGAGCUCCUCCUCAGCCUCGAGCAGCUCAUUCAUGUGCUGUCCUAGGAAAUAAGGGCUACGUCUUUGGAGGACGGGUUUUGCAAACAAGGAUGAAUGAUUUACAUUCUCUGAACUUGGAUACCUGGUCUUGGUCAGGAAAAAUUUGUACAAAUGGAGAAAAACCAGCAGAGAGAUCAUGGCACACUUUGACGCCUGUAGCAGAUGACAAACUGUUCCUGUUCGGUGGGCUGAGUUCAGACAAUGCACCUCUAAGUGAUGGCUGGAUUUAUAGUGUGGCACCAAAUGAAUGGCAACCGCUUGCCUAUUUACCAAAGAACAGACCUAGGUUAUGGCAUACAGCCUGUCUUGGUAAAGAGGGUGAUGUGAUGGUCUUUGGAGGAAGUAAAGAUGACCUGCAUUUCCUGGACACGGGACACUGCAGUGAUUUAUUGAUUUUCCAGACACAACCCUAUUCACUUCUCCGGCUUACCCUUGACUGCAUUGCUAAAAAUGCAGUCCUCUUGGAGAAUCAAAUAUCCUGGUUACCAUCCAAACUCCUUGAGCAAGCUAUGGAUAAAAUCACUUACUGGGCAGCAGUUAGCCAUCGCCAGGAAAGAAAAGCUGAAACAGAAGACCAGGAGCAGAUUAAUUUCACCUAGCAACUUUCUGCGGAUAUCUGUGACAUAUGCAGAGAUCAUUGUUGGAGACCAUUUAGAAAUGUUACAAGUCAACUGAUUAAUGGGCUGGAUUUCCCAAGGUUAGCUCUGGUCUGAAUGCUUAGAAAUGUUCUCGUAUUUCUUGAUGCCUGAGCAACAAUUACAGUUAUGCUGCCCAUCUGGUAAUAGCUUGUGCAUUCUGAAGUUAAUAAUGACCUCCUUGGGUGUACUGAGCCAGUUUGUAAAGACUACAAUUCUAGUUCCAGUUAAAACUAAAGAGGUGUGAGAAGCGUUCAGAGGAUCAGAUUUUAUUUGGUCAUAUUUCUGGACGUUACCUCCUGUUUGCUGUUGUCAGAAACAGGAAAUUCAUUUAUACAGCAGUCUACAAAUAGUAUUCUUUGGUUGGAGAACACUCUAAAAAUGCUUGGCUAUAUAGAACACCAUUCUGGAAAAAUAGCAAAGAUAAAUGACUAUAAAAAAGUCAGUUAUCUUUAAAGUUUUGCACUAAAUUAAGUAUUUUUCAUCUGCUUGCACCAAACUUUUUUUUGAGGUAAUUAAUCACAGUUUUGAUAAUGUUUUACAUACUGCACUUUGGAUGUAUAAAGUUUGUAUUUAACUUUGUUGAAAAUAUUUUGCUUAUUUAUUGUAAAAAAAUUGUUUAUAGAAACAAUAUUUUCUUACCUCUUUCAGGUAUUAUGUUAAUAGUCAUUAAAAUCUGAUGUGCAUUUGAACAUAAAAUGGUUUUACUCAGUAGUGUGAGAAAAAAACCCUUUUUUUGACUUAACUGCUAUUUUGAGUAUCCUCAAAGAUGGUUACAAUAAUGGACCAUCUGCAUUCUUUGUGGCACUGCAGUUUUCCUAGGACAUUUGAAGGUCUUUUGUACCUCAGCAUAACAGCAGACUGCAUCACAUCAGAUAAGGGGCUGCAGCACAUGCAUUUGAUUAUGAAUUAAAUGUGAAUUAUUUAACAUGCUCAUCUUGCCGGACACAGGUACUGCAAGCACAAAAGCAAGUCCAGAGGUGUUAGUGUUUAUUAACAGGGGAUUCCCCCCCCCCCAUCAAGAAUUCCCCCGUCUCUAGAUUCCUUCGAACUCUACUUCCUACCAGGUAAUCUAGUAUACUUGGAAAUGACAUAUUGAAGCUGCAGCACUCCUGGAGUGAAGCAGCUGCCCUCUUGUUCUUUUUUCCCUCCUGUGCUUUUAAUAGCUGCAUUUCAACCAAAAACUUGGCAGUGGAUGAAGCAGUGAGAAGGCUCCCCCUGCUGACUUUCUGCUUGUUGGGCAGCUGUUAAAAGUCCUUCCAGAUCAUGCCAGUCUCUGCCCUUCGUUCCUUUACUGGAGCUGAUCGGAGCAGGUCAAAAACUUUGCCUCUAUCUUCAGGUCCCUUUUUAAUAUUUGUUCUAAAGCCCGAUUCUCUCAUUCUUGUUUUCUGCUGCCCGCUAAGUGCAGGGCUACUUCAUCUGUUAAAAAUGAGUCAUCGGUGUGUUUCGGCAGUCUUUCCAGACAAUACACAGAGUUCUGUGCCAGGAAGCCUCCCUGCUCCUGUUUUUCUUUUUAAAGAUGUUAUGCGAGGGUGGGGGAGAUGGACAAGUCAGACUGGGAUCACAGUGUGGGGGGAGGGGGGGUUAGGAAUCCCUCUUGCAUCGGUGUCCCCAUCUGAUAGGGCCCCCAGGGAGCCACCUUUGACUCACUGGGACAAACGGUAAUUCCCUUGGGCCAUUUUAAAUCGGGGGAAACCGCUGGAGAGAAGCCCCCGCCCUGCAUUCUGGAUCCAAGUCAGGCUCCCACCUGCCUUGGAAGUGGCUUUCUAAAAUGCUGAGAGCUCCAAGCCUGCUCAUUGGUUAGACCACAGAGGCGCCAUCGCCCCCAGCAGACGGCUUGCGCAAGGCCUCCUGACAUGAAUGGGGGGGACUGUGCAGACACCCGGAAGCAUUCCUGCACAAGCCCCCUGCAAGGGGGCUUGCCCAAGAGAAGUUCUUUCCGUGUGGUUGUGCCAAGUAUUUAGAAGUAAUAGAGACAAUAUGAUUAGGGCUGGCGGUAUAAUUCUAGUGGUAUCCAGUGAGACACAAGGAUGGAGUUACUGAUAAUGUCGACCUAUGGUAAAAUACUCAGCGCUCAUUGGGACAAUUUGAGCAGGAGAAUCUGUGACUGUUUCUUAUUUGAGCUAGAAAACAUCUGAUAAGGGAAGUACUUCUUAAGUUUCUCAUUUUGAAAAUGUCUUCGGAGCCAGUUGAUGAUAAUAUCAGACAUGCUUUUUCCAACUUAUGUUUUCAUUAAUAUUUUAUAAUACCUAUGAAAGGAAAGCCAGGUGAAUGCUUUUUUCUUUUGCCAUACAGAAAUAAAAACAUGGAGCUCUG